AUGGCCGCAUUCCGGAAGACGCUGGCCGAGUCCAAGCACGUGGUCGUGCUGACAGUUGUAACCUCAGUGGCGCCGGCCGUGUCGGCCGAGUCGGGCGUUCCGACCUUCCGCGGCGCCGGCGGCUGGUGGCGGAGGUACCAGGCAGAGAACCUGGCCACGCCCGGCGCUUUCCGCGAGCAGCCGUCGCUCGUCUGGGAGUUCUACCACUACCGGCGACACCUAGUCUCCGCCACAAACCCCAACAAGGCGCACCAGGCGAUCGCGGCGUUGCAGGCGCGGCUGGCGGCGGCCGGCCGGCAUUGUCGCGUCAUCACGCAGAACAUCGACGGUCUGCACCAGCGCGCCGGCUCGUCGCGCGUGCUCGAGCUGCACGGCGCGCUCUUCAAGACGCGCUGCACGCGCUGCGGUGACGUGCGCGAGAACUGGGACGACCCCAUCUGCCCGGCGCUGGCGGGCACAGGCGCUCCGGAGCCGAACGCGCCGGCGGCGCACAUCCCCGAGUCGGAGCUGCCCCGCUGCCAGGCGGCCGGCUGUGGGGGACUGCUGCGGCCGCACGUGGUCUGGUUCGGCGAGAGCCUCGACCCGGACGUGCUGGAGCAGGCCCACACCGAGCUGGAGUCGUGUGACCUGUGUCUAGUGGUGGGUACGUCAUCGGUCGUAUACCCGGCGGCAAUGUUCGCCCCGAUGGUGGCCGAGCGUGGGGUGCCUGUGGCUGAGUUCAACCUGGAGCCGACGCCGAAGACGGGCGAGUUCGGGUACCACUUCGCGGGUCAGUGUGGCGACACGCUGCCGGAAGCCCUGGCGCCCUGACCCGACUCUGCUCCUGGCCAGUCAUACACGCGACUCGUGCACGAGUCCCAGCUGUGCGCGCGCGCGAACUCUGUACCCGUGAU